AUUCAAGAAUGAUAGAAUUCCAAUCAAGUUGAAGAAUUUAAAGAAUUUCAAGGUUCAAUUUCAAAAAAUUCUAAAAAAUAGUAUUGACAUACUUUUCGCUCUUUCAGGGGACCUGAAGAGGCGACACUCGUGGAGCAGUGAGAUCGAUUACCAGCCGGCGGAAACGGAAGCCGUAGCGACACCGGGAGGAGAUCCCGCUGCCCCAUCCUCGGACGACGAGGACAGAGUCUCGUACAAGGAACAUGGGUGUUCGGUGCAGACGGUGGACCUGGUGGCGGACUGUCCUUUGCAGGUAGUGACGCCUUCGUCGAGGUCGCCGUCACCGCCCAGAUCGCCGACACCCGCGACGCCCUCGACGCCCCUCGCACCCCCGAGGAGCAUGGGUCAACGGCCAAGCACCCUGUUGCGCCCCAAAAUCUCUUUGACUUGGGUCCUUCGUGGGCAACAGCAACCUGCAUCCAGCAACAGUCAUUCGACCACCAAUGGAAACGCAGGUGGGAACGGCGAUCGAGAGGGCUUGUCACGAGAUGGUAAAGAAAGAUCCUCGAAGAGGAGUGUGAAAAGUGUGAAGGAAAAAGACAGCGGUAAGGAGAAUGUCGAAACAGAAAAACGAGAGAAGAAGGUUUUGCAUAGAAUAGAGAAAAUCGAAAGGACGGAGAAAGUAGAAGUUCAGGAAAAGUCAAUUAGCAAAGAAGUACUGGUCAAUGAAAGAUCGCUAGACAGUCCUCUGGAGAAACAAUCUGAAAAAGAAUUUUCAGGGCUAAAGGAGGCGAAGGAGAAAGAGAAAGUUAAGAGGGCAGUGUCCGAGCCGUCUCUCGUGUCACGUGAGUCAACGUCCACGCCUAGUGGUCGGGAGAAGCACAGACAUCGAAGAACCAAACGAUCCCACAAACCCAGACCGCCAAGUAGAUUUGGUUAUGAAAUUGCAGAUCUUGAUGCAUACCUUACCAAAGCCUCGAUAGAAAAACCUGCAAACAUUCCUGUUGUUCUUUCAUUUCCAUCUGUCCUGUAUCAAACCCAAGGUGGUACUCAAGACGAGAUGGCUCUCCCUCUUGGUACAGUUGUCAAUGCUGUAUUCAAGAAUCAAACUUGGUUAUACGUUCAAACUCCACAUGGUCAAGAAGGGUACGUCGGGUAUGCAGCUUGCUUACCAUUAGGAAUAUUACCACAACCAACAAGAGGACCAUGUUGGGAAGACUCUACAGACGUAUUUCCUCGUCCCUUAGGAAACAUGACCGAUACGGAAAAACUAAGGGAUACUAGGUCAGAAUGUGGUGCUCGAGGUAGAAAUCCAAGAGUAAGACGUAGUUCUAGAGACGCAGUAUCAGCCUGCGGGGAACGUAGUGUUGACAGAUUGUAUCUCAGAGCCGCAGCGAAUGCUAGAACCAAAGGAUCUCGACAUACUUUACUCGUUAUACGUAGCGAUUAUGAGGGUCAAGGUGGAAACGCUCUUAGCGUCUCCAAAGGCGAUGUUGUUGCAUUACUUAGCGAUCAUGUUAGUGAUUGGUUCUGGGUUCGUUCGCGAGAUGGUAGAGAGGGCUUUAUACCUGCAGUGAUUGCAGGUCAUGGCUUUCUGUGACUGUUAUAUUACUAUAAUUUGUUUGAAAUUAAAUUGAUCCUUUAAAACUAUACAAAAAUAAAUUAUCACCAUAUUGUUUAGUAUUCCAUUAUUUAUGAUUUCAUUUUUUAUUUCGUUUAAAUAUAUCUUGCAAGCUAAAAGAAGAAAUUUAGUUUUAAAUAGCCAAUUAAUUUCAAACAAAUGUUAAUUGUAUUUUAUCACAUCUCAUAAAUGUUCUAUUAG